AUGACCACGGACAAGCCGACUAUCGUUCUAGACGCCGUUGUUCUUGGAGCAGGAGUGGCAGGCCUGUACCAGCUUUACCAGCUCCGUCGCGAAGGCCUCAACGUGCGUGCCUACGAAGCGGGCGGCGACGUUGGUGGCACCUGGUACUGGAACCGUUACCCCGGUGCACGUUUUGACUCGGAGGCGUACAUCUACCAGUUCUUCUUCGACGAGAAGCUCUACAAGGACUGGAGUUGGACCCAGCGCUUCCCUGGCCAGCCCGAGAUUGAGCGCUGGCUCCACUACAUCACCGACAGGCUCGACCUCCGCAAGGACAUUUCCUUCAACGCAAGGGUCGAGAGCGCACACUACGACGAGGACCGUGGUCGUUGGACCAUCAAGACAGGCGCCGGCGAUGUGAUCGACACUCAGUUCUUCGUCUCUUGUGGAGGCAUGCUCUCGGCACCGCUCCACGACCAGUUCGAAGGUAUGAAGGACUUUAAGGGCCAGAUUGUAUACACUUCCAGCUACCCGUCCGAAGGCGUCGAUGUCAAGGACAAGAAGGUUGGCGUUAUCGGUGUCGGUGCCACGGGCAUCCAGGUUGUCCAGACAAUGGCUCCCGAGUGCGGCCACAUGACUGUCUUUGCGCGGACUCCGCAGUACGUUGUCGCCAUGAAGAACCCCACUUUGGGUCCCAAGGAGCAAGACGCAUACAAGGCCCGUUACCACGAGCUCAAGGAAUCGAUCCCCCACACCUUUUCCGGCUUUGAGUAUGACUGGGAUCCCAAGAUCACUUGGGCCACAGCCACCCCGGAGGAACGCCUGCAGCACAUGGAAGCCACUUACCAAGACGGAAGCUUGAAGAUGUGGCUUGCAUCCUUUGGUGAGAUCUUCUUCGUCAAGGAGAUUAGCGACGCCGUCUCCGACUUUGUGGCCGACAAGAUGCGCCAGCGACUCAAGAACGACCCCCACCUUGUCGACGUACUUGUUCCAACCCUCGACGACUAUGGAUUUGGUACCCACCGCGUCCCGCUCGAGAACAAGUACCUCGAGGCAUACCUCCUCCCAAACGUCGAGGCCAUCAGUGUCCGCAAGAACCGCAACCCGAUCAAGCGUUUCGUCGAAAAGGGUAUCGAGUUGUCCGAUGGCCGUGUGGUUGAGCUCGAUGUUGUCAUCCUGGCCACUGGCUUUGAUGCUGGAAGCGGCUGUCUGUCGCGUGUCGAUGUUCGUGGCAAGGGUGGUGUUUCCCUUCGCGAGGAGUGGGGCAAGGACAUCCGUACCACUAUGGGUCUCGGCAAGGUCGGUUUCCCCAACCUUCUCACUACUGCCGUGCCCCUGGCUCCCUCUGCGGCGCUGUGCAACAUGACCACCUGUCUCUCCCAGCAGACCGAGUGGAUCACCGAGCUCGUCAAGACAAUGCGCGCUCAAGGUCAGACCAAGAUUGAGCCUACCGAUGAAGGCGAAGACAAAUGGGUUGUGCACCACGACAGUCUGGCCAACGCCACUUUGGUACCCAAGACUGAUUCUUGGUACAUGGGCUCUAACGUUCCCGGCAAGCCUCGCCGCAUGCUGUCGUACGUCGGUGGUGUGGGCACAUAUCGCAAGAAGUGUGACGAAGAGGCGGAGGCUGGAUACCCGUCAUUUGUCCGCUCGUAG